AUGUCUGAUUACUCCGUCUUUGCCACUCCAGAUUUUAACCCAAAUGAAUACGCAAAUGCAAUUCUUGCGGGCGAGCCCUAUCCAGACCAAAAGUACACAAAGCUGUCUAUACAGGACCCCAUUGCAAAGGAGGACAUCUCUGUCGCCAUUUCAAAACUUACAUCUGGAAUUGACGAUGUGGCAAAGCAAAUAAAGCAAUUAGUUACCGCUCACCACGAACAGUUUCUCUUGCAAGCCGCCAGUGCAAACGCGCUCUCGGGAUCACUUUCUUCGGUUCGCUCCAAUUUGUCAGAUUUGAAUGCGUCUGUUGAAAAGCUUCGUCUCAAAGUUCAUGUUCCUUGCGAUUCACUGCAAACGUUGGUAUCAAGACUAAAGAAGCUUCAACAGGCCUGUGACGUUCUCCGUCGUACAUCUCGUUUUAUCAUACUUUCCCGAAGACUACAAGUGCAAAUGAACGAAAUGCGCGGAAUAGGUCCAGACACCAGCACCACCUCCAUCAGCGAUGAUGCCAUCCCGUUAACAUCUGAAGGCUUGAGCCAUGAUUCUGAAAACGAAAAAGAACGCGUGGUGGCAAAAGCUGCCUUGAGCAUAGCAGAACUAGCGACAUUGCUGGACGGACUGGCACAUCACUCGAAACAGGCAUCAAUUGACGGGGGUCAGAUUGACAUUUCGGACCCAUCUUCAUUACGUUCGAUCACCGUCGUCGCAGCACGUGUCACUUUUAUUGAAGAAGCUCGCUCGAAAGUGACUAACGAGAUGGAGAACAUGGUGGUGAUGGGUCUUUCAACAUUGAAUCAAACACUUUUAGCAUCAUCUCUUCAAAUAGCAUUCAAUCUUAGGGUCUUGCCAUCACUUGUGCAGAAUUUGGUAUCUGAUCUUUCCCAUACAGUGGAUGACAGGAUACGAGGGGCGUUUGAUUUAUCAAAGAUAUCGAAAGAUGUAGUGAGUAAAGACUCGGGAAGUAAUCCUCCAUCCCCACAAAUUUAUCGAUCACGAGUCAGAACAGAGCCGACAAACGUAACUGCACCUCAGUGGACUGCAGCACUCUGGCUUCGACUAGAGGCUAUGUUCCAAGCAAUGGCAGAUUGUUGCAUAAAAGUAAAUGCACUGGAGAAAGUUUUAAAGUUGAAGAAAGAUAUCACCACACAUGUCAUAUUUCUUGACGAGGCAAUGAAGCUCCUGGAGAACACGCCUAGUGCAAUUUUUUGGACUUCCCUGAGUCGAUCACUUGAGAAGCACUUGCGAGAUUCGGCAAAAGCAUCAAGUUUUCUCCAACAAACUCUUAGCUCGGGUUAUCCCAAAUUGCUACGCCUGUUUCACGAUUUUUUUGGCAAAAUUGCUGUUCAAACCGACACAAUUUAUAUUGAUGCUUAUCAGAGCCCGGAAGCUAUUUUGGUUCUGCGUGCUUUGUCAAACAUCGAAUCCAUGUAUCUCUCGAGAUCGACCAACAGGAUGAACGAAGCGGCAGGCCAGGCUUUUGCUGGUGGAAACCGAAUGCCUCCAGGAUCAAGUGAGGGGAUUAAUCUGGCACGCACGAUUGUGAAUGAACUAGAUUCGGCUAAAUUUGAUCCACUAUUGGUCAAAGCUGUUGCCAAAAAUACCGUUUCUUGUUUAGAGUUGACACUAUCGAGGGUGGAUGGUGUGACAGUGAGAGACCGGAGUGCUGUGUCAUUAUUGGGACUGUCUGCGACACCACAACAAGUAUCUAACGCUCAUCUCGCUACCUUCCUCGAACAAACAUGGUCGCGACUUGUCAAACUUGGCAAUGAACACUCACCACUAACUUUCAACUUGCUCCAGCCAAGCAUACAGAAACUGCGCCAAGCUUACGAGAAUCUCAUCGACCCCAUGAAAACCGCCAUACGGCGUGAGCUCAGUGCGGUUAUUGCCAAGCUGCAUCGAAUCGAUUUCGCAAAGUCCGUAGAUCCCAUGUCAGGGGGUUCCAGCCCCUACAUGAAGGAGCUAACGGAGAAACUCGCAUUCAUCAAGGCGGAGAUCAUCAGUAGAUAUGACAUUGAUGACUCUGGUUGGUCAUGGACGGUCUCGAUUGUGAAAUAUACCAUCAAGAUUUUCCUGCUGCACAUUUCGAUUGCCAACCCCCUCGGAGAAAGUGGCAAGCUUCAGAUGACAAGCGACAUGACUGAAUUAGAGUUUGCGUUAAGCGCUUUUUUAACAGGUGGAACACAAAACAAGCGUGGAGGGAGCCUUGAGGGCAUUGGUGAUGAAUACCGGGCCCUUCGCGCGAUGCGACCACUCUUGUUCCUUGAAAACAGUCAGCUUUCCUCGGCGCAGCAUACUGCUGGGCUGCCAGUUCUGAUUGUGCUACAUCACAUUCUGGUGCGUUCGCCUAUGCCGUUGCCUCAUGAGUUGCACGGCUGGCAGGCGGCGGAGUAUGUGAGAUGGCUGGAUGAACACACCGAAGAAGAAGCUUUGACGCUUAUAGAUGGUGGACUGACGCACUGGGAAAAGGUGUCUGAGGAGGACGAAGGGGUUGAAUAUUUGAAGCUCGCUCGAAGUGUAAUGAAAUUACAUAAGCUAGAGUAG